AUGAGUUCGCCACAACAGCAACCACACUCCUCGCGCGGAAGCUUCAGCUUGCCCACUGGGCCCAACUUCCACUCUUCUUCCUCAUCUCAUCCCUCGCCAUCGCGCACCCAACAGAAAAAGACGUGGAAAAACCCUAGCAUCUCAUCUCUCCAUUCCUCGCGAGGGCAUCCCUGCCGUUCUUCAAUGAGAAGCACAGCGCCUGCAGCUGCAGAGGAGGCGGAGCGCACCCGUAAUUCGCAGAAUCUGACACGCGCAGAUUCUUCGGGUUCGACGGGGACCAGGAGGACUUCAAGCUCCGGCGAUAAGUGGUGGCAUAUUCACUUUUUCCAGGGCAUGAUAGACGAUAUCAAGAGGAGGGUGCCGUACUAUGCUAGUGACUGGAAAGAGGCGUGGGAUUAUCGCGUCGUUCCAGCGACGAUAUAUAUGUAUUUUGCCAACAUCUUGCCCGCUCUUGCAUUUUCCUUGGACAUGUUUGAAAAAACAAACAUGAGCUACGGAGUCAACGAGGUAUUGUUAGCCUCGGUGUUAGGCGCUGUGGUUUUCUCCUUACUUGCGGGCCAGCCUCUAGUUAUCGUUGGAGUAACAGGCCCAAUUACCGUCUUUAACUAUACAGCUUAUGAUAUCAUGUCCCCGACAGGCGUCAACUACUUGGGCUUCAUGUGCUGGAUUGGGAUAUGGGCGAUGCUCAUGCAUUGGGUUCUCGCCAUUACCAACUCCUGCAACGCGCUGACAUAUGUCACCCGUUUCUCCUGCGACAUUUUCGGGUUCUACGUAGCCUUUAUCUACCUACAAAAGGGGAUUCAGGUCCUCACACGCCAAUGGGGUAAAUCUGGCGAAGCCUCUGCCUACCUUUCUAUCAUGGUGUCCCUUCUUGUGCUCAUGUGCGCCUAUAUCUGUGGUGCGGUCGGGGAAAGCAACCUUUUCCAGCGUUACAUCCGAAAAUUCAUCGAGGACUACGGCACUCCGCUUACUAUUGUGUUUUUCACGGGAUUUGUACACAUUGGCCGCAUGAGAAACGUGCCUGUUGAGACGCUGCCCACCAGCAAGGCCUUUUUUCCGACUCUCGACCGCAGCUGGCUUGUCAAUUUCUGGGAUAUGGACGUCCGGGACAUCUUCCUGGCGGUACCAUUCGCCGUACUGUUGACAAUUCUAUUUUACUUUGAUCAUAAUGUCUCAUCCUUGAUAGCUCAGGGGACGGAGUUUCCACUCCGAAAACCUGCUGGGUUUCACUGGGAUCUAUUCCUUCUCGGUUUAACGACAGGCGUGGCCGGAAUCCUUGGCAUCCCGUUCCCCAACGGCUUGAUCCCACAAGCGCCUUUCCAUACCGCUGCACUGUGCGUUACCCGCCAGGUCGCUGACGAAGACGAAACGAAUAAGGGUAAAUCAGUUCGCGUCAUAGAUCACGUCGUUGAGCAACGAUUCAGCAACCUAGCCCAAGGUUUGCUCACGCUAGGUACUAUGAGCGGCCCGCUCCUUACCGUCCUUCACCUCAUCCCGCAGGGAGUAAUGGCAGGCCUCUUCUUCGUCAUGGGCGUCCAAGCCCUCCUGAGCAAUGGCAUGACGCAGAAGAUAAAAUUCCUAGCCCAAGACAAGAAAUUAACGCCGGCGUCCGAUCCGCUGAAACGCAUCGAGCGGAAAUUGGCCAUCUGGGCAUUUGUGGGUAUUGAGCUUGUCGGGUUUGGCGCAACCUUCGCCAUAACGCAAACGAUUGCGGCCAUUGGGUUCCCCGUGUUCAUCCUCAUUCUCAUCCCUGUUCGGACGUUUUUGCUUCCACGCUGGUUCACACAGGACGAGCUUGUCGCGCUCGAUGCGCCUACUGCCAGCCCCUUCACCAUGGAGAGUGUGGGUGGAGCGCACGGCUAUGGAGACAGUGAUGUAACGGUUACGCCAGCGUCUGGAGAGGGCGGUGGGAUAUUUAAAUCUUCAGAUUCUGCGGUCGAGGAUGAACUGGAGAGGGGUGAGUCGUUCGAGCUUCAUACCAGGUCUUCCAUGCGGAGGAGGAGUCGUGGUGAAAAUUAG